AUGUUCUGUCUCAGGAGCUGGCUCCCCCUCCUCUUCAUCCCAACCAACGCCUCCCCGCUCUUCCUCAUCUCUUUCGUAACCCUCACCUACCUCCUCCACCGACCAUGCAUCUACUGCUCCGCCCUCCUCGUCAUUCUCUUCGCAUCAACCUGCAACUGGUCCGACCGCUGCUUCCUCAAUCUCCGCGCUGACUGGUUCGCCCCGCGGUACACGCCUUACGAUGGUACAGACGGUUUCAACAUGACCACUUCACAAAACACCUCUUCUACUCUCCUCGGCAUGGAAAACGAGUCGCUAGCUGGUUAUGUCUUCGAGACGGUAAAUAACACCGCGAAAGCACUUGCCGGGGCUGUGGUCGACGAGACUCAAAAACGGGUAUCCGCGGGCGACGCCUCUUGUCCUUCGACAGCAACGCCAGCGGCGACCGCUGCUGAUGAACUCACUGGAUUUGGGCUGGAAUGGCUGAGAAGUCUAGUUGGGAGGCGGGAAUGGACGCUCCCUUGUGUUGAUGUUAAGGUUCGGGUAUGA